GCUCGCACAUUGCACACCGCUACAGCAAUCAUGGACGCUCGCCAACCUCACCCCUUCACUAGACCCCCAGACCGCCCUCUCAUGCACAAUCCCAAUCAUUCGUCUGGGCCUCCUCCUCCGCCGACAUUCAAAAACUAUCCUCCCGUUACCACUCAACCCUUCCACCCACCAACCUACGCCCAGGACCCGUACCCGACCGCCCGCCGCGACCCAUUCUUCCCUCCUUCUUCACAGCACAACCGUCAAGCUAGCUAUGGCGUAGUCGGUCCCGAGGGGCCACUCCAACCGAACGACGGCAGACAAGGUGGAUGGGGAAAUACAGCGCGUCACCAUCCUCCUGCCCAUAUGCUCCAUCAACACCAACACCAUCCCAAUGGUCCACCUCCACCUCCUCCACCGCCAUCCAUGACCUCCCCACACCACCCAUCGAGCCAGUCGCCCUACGCCCCCGAUGCCUCGCGUAGGCGCUCUCUGGGCGGCGUCACUCCCCCCAACCCAUAUGGACCUCCAUCCCACGAACACCCACCUCCGCCGCCUCCUCCACCGCCACCUCCUUCAUUUUCGCGUAACAACAUGCCGCCCCCUUUGUCCCCUCAACAGCAGCAGCAUCAUUCGUCGCAAACCCAGCGCGCCCCAUAUUCGACCGCGUUUGGUGGUCGCGAGCUCCCAGGGAUAAACCAAGUGCAUCGCCCUGGGAGCAGCAUGUCCAUCUCAUCUAUUAUCGGCGGGGGUGACGCUGGCCAUCAAGCUCAAACAACACAGUCGCAGUCAUCGCCUCGCAUGAAUGCUCCAGCAUCGAAUCCACACCACAUGCAACCUCCAUCACCCAGGCGCGGUCCUCCAUCCGUCUCCAGACCCGAUUUUCAAUCUUUCCGUCGGCAGCCAUCUCCAGAUAGGCACUUGUACAGUGGUGGUCCCAGAACGCAGGAGGCGCAUAAUUACAACGCGCUUUCGCCGAGACUCUAUGGCCCCCAGGGUUCUCCUGACCAGGGUCGUCCCUCUCAAGGGCAACCAUCUCAACCUUAUAAACCCAUGGUCUUCCAAGGCCAGCGCCCGUAUGCAGCAUCUCCAAACGAAUUGCAUCCACGCGAUUCUCGACCAACGCCAACUGGCGUUCCUCCCCGACCCAAUAGUCAGCCUUUAGGCCCUGGCCAACCAAACCCAGAGCCUAGCACGUACGAUUCGCCGAACAUGGCACGCGCGCAGUACGGGCCACCAGAAGAACGAAGAAGAACACUGGGUGAUUCCCAUCACACCAGACCCAAUGUUGCGGAACUCGUGGGUGGCGCAUUGCAAGCAUCGGAUAGGGAUCGGCCCUCCACUGUUCAGCCCGUUUCGCACUCUACAUUUAGCCCUCCCCGCGACCCGCGCGGUGCGACAGAGUCGAAUGCUUCUUCACACAAUCCCUGGCGACAUACAGUUCCCGAAGAGCCUCUUCGAGAGGCCCCGGAGGCGCGAAGAGACGAAAGACCACCUUACAGGCCGUUUGGAGGCUACUCUGCCCCUCCGCAAGGCCCCUCGCCCUAUGGUCCCAUCGGGCCCGAAGACAUGGUUCGUGGGCGAAGCCUAGAUCAUCUGAACCAUCGCGUCACAGAACAGUACCACGCAGCACCGACCUCCGAUCCAAACUCGACUGAACGUCACAAGUCUGAGCAGCUGUCAAGGUCUUUGUCUUCUGGCAGCUACGCGGGACGAUCGAUUUACGGUCCAGAUGCGAAUCGUCGAACAGGGCGGGCUUCUCCACUUCCACAGGCUGUUCAAGGUGCACAGGGACAACCGCUAUCGGUUGGAAAAGACCCCCACGUGAAAAGCGAGUUUGGUCGCAUGUUUUCGGGUCUUGGGGGCCUCGGCAGCUCGACGCCUUCUCGAGGAAGUCCAAUGCCUCAGAACGCACAUGACGCGCUUCCAGGCACCGAUCUCACCGAGCAUUUGCGCCUUCAACGAGUAAGUUCACAGAACGGCAGGAAGCCGAAGAGAGUCAAAGAUGAAGAAGCAAGUUUCGAUCAGGACGACGUGGAUGGCCGCGGCACCCCUGUGGGGAUGAGAGGUACCAAACGGAACAAGAGCACUCACCCCGGCCAUCACCACCACCAUCAUGCCCAUCAUCAUCAUCACCAUCACCACAAGCCCGACGAAGAGAUGCCUCCUACGUACAACCCCGCUUUCUCUGGGAGACAAACAAACACCCCUUCAAAUGGGGCUGGCCAGUCUCACCACCAUCACCACUAUCACAGCGGCCCGCACCACCACCAUCACCCUCCGCGCCCCAAUCAACCAAGCCUUCCCUCGCCAAAGAUUACGGCCAAGGUCCACGAUAUACAGGCUGUUCUGGAUGAAGCAGCAAAACAUCCGCGUAGACAUCUUGGAUCGCAGCUUUACGAAGCUUCGACUGAAUUACCCAAACCAAACUCGUCUGUAGAUGACCAGUUUGGAUAUGCCUCGAAACCAAAGCGGCUCCCCCGCUUCGAUUCUGACCCAGUAAACUGCACGUUUACAAUCAGGGUCCCAAGGUUCUAUCUGAAGCCACGACAGCGCCAGCAGAUUGUGUUGCAACGUCACCUUUGGGGGGCGCAGAUCUUCCGCGACAACUCGGAUCCGAUCGCAGCUGCGAUCCAUUCGGGGUGGAUUCGAGGGGAAUGGGAUGACACGGUCAACGUUGGCCUACUGGAUCCGCGUAUUACAGCGCCAAACGCCCCGAGCGACGCCGAAGAUACACUUAGCAAAGCACCAGCGGCUCCAGUCACUCCACCAGCUGACAUGGACCUCCAAAUCGAUGUGUUGAUACUUCCGCGUGUCCAGGAAUACGCAGGCACGGUCGAAUACGGUAUAUCGAGUCGCAAAAGCACCACACACGACGGAUUGAGUUUCAUGAUUCACAAGAUGCGUUGGGUGGAGGAGGGGGUAGGAAGUCGUGGACAAGAACGAACAGCAGCGGCAAUGAAGAGACGGCUCGAUGCAAGUGCGGCUCUUCUUUCGCUCCUCGGCAGUGGCGACGAAUCUCUACGAGCUGUCACGAAGUUGCAUGCCUAA